AUGGCGGACCUCUCCAUCGAGGAGGCGAAUAAGAUCCGUCUGUCCAUGGGAUUGGCUCCGCUGCCUGUCCCCGGUGCAGCAACACCCUCCGGUCCAGCCUUCAAACAAGCACAGGUGGGCGACGACUCCGAUGAGGAACUCGCAAGCACCAUCGAAUCGCGCCAGGCCGCCGGCUUCGACAACUGGAAGACUCUGCAAGACGAGGCGGCAGCCAAGAAGAAGCGUGAGGAUCGGCUAGCGGCGAUCAAGAAAGAGCGCGAGAAGGCGGCGCGCUUUGCAAAACUUGAGGGAAAGGGUCUAGCGGAUGCAGCCGAGGAUGAAGACGACAUGGCUUGGCUUAAAGGCUCCAAGAAGCGCCAGAAGAAGAUUGCCAAGGCGGAGCAGACGCAGAAGGAGCUGGAAGAGCGCGAACGUCAGGCACAGGAAGCGCUGCAGUACACAGAGGCUGAUUUGGCCGGAGUCAAGGUUGGGCACGAGGUCGACCAGUUUGAGGACGGAGAGGACCAGGUUUUGGUGCUCAAAGACGUUGCUGUUGAUGCGGAAGACGAUGAUGAGUUGGAGGCUGUUUCGCUGAAGGAGCGCGAGCGCCUGCAGGAGAAGCUCGAUUCGAAGAAACGGAAGCGCGCCUACGACCCGAAUGACGACGGUCAAAAAUCUAUCCUUGCUCAGUACGACGAGGAGAUCGAAGGCAAGAAGCGAAACGCGUUCACCCUCGACGGUCAGGGGAGGACAGUGGAACAAGCGCAGGCAGAAGCUGCAGGUGCGGCUAGGCCCAAGCGGAUCGCCAUUAGUCUCGACAUUCUCCAGGAGGACACCCCAGUCAACGACUACAUGGAUAUCUCGGAGGUCAAGAUGAAGAAGCCAAAAAAGAAGAAGUCCAAAUCGUCCAAGAGAAAGCGUAUUGAAGACGAUGAAGUAAUGCUUGCUGAACAAGAAGAGCCUACUGAUGAGAUGGAGGUGGACGAGUCGGAGACCAAAGUCGCACCGAAGAAGGCCAAGAAAAACCUCUUUGACGAAUCUUUCGUAGAUGACGACGAUCUGCAAGCGCAACUGGCUGCCCAACGCCGACAAGCACUGAAGAAGCGGAAGAAGACGCGCCCGGAAGACCUGGCUCGGCAACUUCGCGAAGAGGCAACUCCAGCACCGCAAACACCUGGCGAAGUGGCAGACUCCACAGAAAUUUCCGAAGAAGACGCAGGUGCUCUUAUCAUCGAUGAGACCACUGAAUUCGUUCACAAUCUCGGCGCCAACGCGGAGGAUGAAGGAGAGGAGGCUCGACGACGACAGCGGCACAAAAGUAGUCACAUUCCCAAUACGGUCGACUCGCCAGCGGUUGAAUUCGACGAUGAAGGCGACGUCGAAAUGGCUCAAUCGUAUGCGGAAGCCGCGGAAGCCGAGGACCGCGAAGAACGUAGCACGUCUCGAGCCAAAUCCGCCGAAAUCACAGGCACCGGGCUGGACGACGAGAAAUUGGUCAGCGGUGGUAUAGGAGCCACACUAGCUCUUCUCAAACAACGAGGUCUUGUCGCGUCCGCCGAAGGCAGCGACAAGAACGCACUCUGGCGAGAGCGCGAAAAGUUCCUUGCCGACAAACUUAGGGCUGAAGAAGAAGUUGAGCGGGAGCGUAGAGAAGACCGUGAGCGUCAGCGCAAUUCUGCGCGCUGGCAGACUAUGUCGGCACGCGACAGGGAGGAAUUAAAUCGACAAGCCAACGCCAAAUCCGAGAAAGAAGUUGCUCGCAAACUCGCGGAUAUAUACAACAAAGAGUAUAAGCCGACGUUCCAGCUCACACACACGGACGAGCAUGGCAGACAGCUCAACGAGAAAGAAGCGUUCAAGCUCCUUAGUCACCAGUUCCACGGCAAGGGCAGUGGUAACACAAAGACCAAAAAGCAUCUUGACAAAAUUGAUCAAGAGAAGAGGAAGAUUGCAGAGAACUCUUUGGAUACGAGAGCCGGCGGUCUCAGUAACGCGCAAGAUCAGCAGGCGAAGAAGAACAAGUUCGCUGGUGUGCGACUUCAGUGA